GUCAUGAGAAGGGUUGAUUACUUUGAAAUAAACAUACGAAGUAUAAAUUCCAAAAAUUUUAUAAGAUGUUGGAUAAUUCUUAUAUGUGUGAUUUGGAAAAUAAUAUACUUGCAAAAAUGGCAAACGGCAGCAGCAAUUUGGUAGAUGCAACACUUCUAGCAUUGGAAACCGGGAAUAUGGCGCCACUGAUAAAAGAAGAGUUAAAAUGUACUAUUCAAUCAAGACGCUUAGCCAAGGGACAACACGAAAUGGAAGUAGAAUUUCCAGAAGAAACAAAACAUGAGCUCACAGAGGAAGAGCGAGAUAAGAUUGUUAAACGUCGAGAGCAAAAUAGACUGGCAGCACAAAGAUUCCGAGAUAGAAAGAAAACUAAUUCUACAUCACUUUGCAAGAAAAUUCAAGAACUGGAAGCAGACAACACACAGAAGUCAUACGAAAUUAGGAAUCUCCGUGCAGAAAAGGCAAAGUUACAAACAAUGCUAUACGAACAUCUCUUAGUUUGUCCUAGUGCGAAACAAAGUAUCAAAUUUGAACCAUGAAAUUUGGUACUAACAGUGACCUAUAAUGGGAUUCCAUAUACCCUAAUAUGAACACCAAGAGACAAUAGUUAACUGACAUACAAAGAAUAAUUGGAAUAUUAUCUUGUUGCCCUUAUUCUACAUAUACAUCUCAUCUAAAUUGUUCGUAGAAUUCUGACAAGGACAAAGAACGUCGAAAACCUAUGAUAUAGUAGAAUGUUGUAUCAUUCAUGAUCAUUAGUUUGAACUGUCCAUACACUUAGCUGUAAUAAUGAGUAUCAAAGUACAUGCUGGUUGCAUUUUUGAUAAGAUUCCAUUUAUAUUAACACCUAUUCAUUGAUCUACCCCUAUUCAUUGAUCUAUGCUCUUUGUAAGCUUAUUAUAUUUAUGAAAGGGACACAUCUAUAUACAAUGUUUUAUGAACUGUUAUAUAGUUCGAUCAGUUAUAAUACUGAUUUGUAUUAUGUGAAUGCUUGGUUGUUGAAAUGCAAGAGUUAUCGUUUGAUACAUGUCCACUUAUUGAAAUA